AUGGACGCCAGACGAAGCGUUAUCGCGACGGCGCUUCUGCUCCUCACGCUCUCCGCGAUCGCCGUCACGGUCACAGAGGCGAAGAGAAACCGCGGAAGCACGAAGCUCUCUUCUCUCGACCAGGCCACGCAAGAUUCAAGGGCCGCGCAAAACAGCGUCGCGUACGCGCAAAAACAAGCUGACCAACUGGCGGCAAAAGCGACUGCGGCUGUGGCGGCAGCGACACAAACGGAGACGGACGAAGCAACUGCGAAGGGAGAUUAUGAAACCAAACUCGAUGCGCUGGCGGCGGCGGCGGGCGCGCUCCCUCCGCUCGAUUACGCGCAGACGAAGGCAGAAGACUGGGCGGCUCUCGCGACGAAGAAGCACAACGCGGCUGUAGCGCGGCUCGCUCUUGCAACCAAGUAUCAAACGUCUGCGACAGCCCUUUCUGCGCUGGUCGACGCCGCGGCGACUGCCGCUACGACCGGAUUGACCGCCGCUACGACCGACCUCACCGACGCGAGCACCGCCGCGACGGCCGCCGCCACAGCCGCCGACGCGAACCCCACGUCCGCGCUUCGCGCUGCGGCCGCCGCGAAGUACGUGGAAGUCGCAAUCGCGCAGUCAAUCAAAUCCGCUUGGGAGGAUCACACCGGAAUUCUCACCGCUCUGCAGACUUCCUGCCAGGCCGUCGUUACUGCCGCGGAUGCUGAAGUUACAGCGGCCACUGCGGACGAAGCAUCGACCAAGACGGAUAAAGACACCGCAGAUUCGGACCUUACAGCGGCGAAUACGGCGCUCGCGACGGCACAGCAGGCGUUUGACUCCGCCAAAACGGACUAUGACAACUCGAAGCGCCUGUACGAGACGGCUAAGUCGUACACGAGCGCGGCGCGCAGCAACGAGCUGGACCUGCUCGCGAAAAAACCGCGCCGCGCAGAUUAA